AUGCAAGAAGGUGGUUUCAUUCGUAGAAGACGUACAAGAAGUACCAAGAAAAAUGUUAACUACAACGAACUAAGCGACGAUGAUGCAGGUGUGAAAAAUUCGAAAUCUUCGGAUCUGAAAAGGGAGGGAGAAGACGUAGUGGACAUCCAAGACGUCGAAUAUCUCGACGAUGCCACACUGGUAAAGACUCCUGACGAGGGCGACGAGGACCGCAUCAUAGAUCUGACGGCUUCCGAUAAAGAACGGACCGCCACUGAUGAUGAUAUAUUUUUGAUCAAGAGUGAAGACGAUAAGAUAAUAGAACCUAAGAACGAGCUAGACGGCUCCGAUGAUGACGAACCCCUAACGAAAAAAAGGAAAACCGCUAGCAAAAGGAAGAAAAAACCCACUACCAAAAGGAAGCCACCCAAAGUGACUCCAUAUGAAAGGAACACUUUGCGGUUAUACGAAAAUCAUCCUGAACUGAAAGAUGUUUUUUCAGUUUUGAAACAAGCGCCCCCCUACGUAGCCCAAAGGUCAGAGCAACCCGAUGGUAUGACCAUCAAACUGCUGCCCUUUCAACUGGAAGGGCUUCGUUGGCUUAUAUCCCAAGAGGAAAGCAUCUACGCGGGCGGUGUCUUGGCAGACGAAAUGGGUAUGGGUAAAACUAUUCAAACCAUCGCUUUGUUAAUGAACGAUCUGACAAAGUCUCCCUCUCUAGUGGUCGCCCCAACUGUGGCGCUGAUGCAGUGGAAAAACGAAAUAGAACAACACACCAAGGGACAACUGAAGAUUUACAUAUACCACGGUGCCUCAAAGGCCACCAACAUUAAAGACCUAAAGGACUAUGACGUUAUACUGACCACUUACGCAGUCUUGGAAUCUGUGUUCAGAAAGCAAAACUACGGAUUCAAAAGGAAAAAUGGGCUUUUCAAGCAACCUUCCGUCUUGCAUAAUAUAGACUUUUACAGAGUCAUUCUGGAUGAGGCGCACAAUAUCAAAGAUAGACAAAGUAAUACCGCCAGAGCAGUGAACAAUUUGAAAACUCAAAAACGAUGGUGCCUAUCGGGUACCCCCUUACAGAAUAGAAUUGGUGAAAUGUACUCUCUGAUCAGAUUUUUGAACAUCAACCCCUUCACAAAAUACUUUUGCACCAAAUGUGACUGUGCCUCGAAGGACUGGAAAUUUUCGGAUCGCAUGCAUUGUGACCACUGUAACCAUGUCAUCAUGCAACACACCAAUUUUUUCAACCAUUUCAUGCUGAAAAACAUUCAGAAGUUCGGUGUAGAGGGCCCCGGGUUGGAAUCUUUUAAAAACAUCCAAACACUGUUGAAGAAUAUCAUGCUCAGAAGAACCAAAGUUGAAAGAGCAGAUGAUUUAGGACUCCCCCCCAGAAUCGUCACUGUCAGGAGAGAUUUCUUUAACGAAGAAGAGAAGGAUCUCUACAGAAGUUUAUAUUCUGAUAUUAAGAGAAAAUAUAAUUCGUUUGUCGAGGAAGGUGUUGUUCUUAACAAUUAUGCGAACAUUUUCACCUUGAUCACAAGAAUGAGGCAGCUGGCAGACCAUCCCGAUCUGGUAUUAAAGAGAUUAAAGAACUCUACCAACGACGAUCUCGGUGUCGUAAUCUGUCAAUUAUGUAACGACGAAGCUGAAGAACCCAUUGAAUCUAAAUGUCACCACAAAUUCUGUCGCUUAUGCGUUAAGGAAUACGUGGAUUCUUAUAUGGAAAACAACAAUAAACUAACUUGCCCUGUUUGCCACAUCGGUCUCAGUAUCGAUUUGUCUCAACCUGCUCUAGAAGUAGACAUGGAAUCCUUCAAGAAACAAAGUAUUGUGAGUCGCUUAAACAUGAGCGGCAAGUGGCAGUCGUCGACAAAAAUCGAAGCGUUGGUGGAAGAACUAUACAAAUUGAGAAGCAACAAAAGAACAAUAAAAUCCAUUGUAUUUUCCCAGUUUACAAGUAUGUUAGAUUUAGUGGAAUGGAGAUUGAAAAGAGCUGGUUUCCAGACAGUAAAGCUUCAAGGUAGCAUGUCUCCGACGCAAAGAGACGAAACAAUCAAAUACUUUAUGAACAACAUUCAAUGUGAGGUUUUCCUCGUAAGUUUGAAAGCUGGUGGUGUGGCCCUGAAUCUUUGUGAAGCUUCUCAAGUAUUCAUUUUGGAUCCAUGGUGGAAUCCUAGUGUAGAAUGGCAAAGUGGUGAUAGAGUACAUAGAAUUGGUCAGUACCGACCUGUUAAGAUCACCAGGUUUUGCAUUGAAGAUAGUAUAGAAUCAAGAAUUAUUGAACUACAGGAAAAGAAGGCGAAUAUGAUUCAUGCAACAAUUAACCAAGAUGAAGCCGCAAUCGGUAGACUGACCCCAGCAGAUUUACAAUUCUUGUUCAAUAACUGA